UCGCCCUGAGGGUCCUCCCCGGAAGUUCCCGUCACCCCCGCAAGUUCCCGUCACCCCCGCGGCAGCAGGUGCCUCUCCGCGUCGCGCCGCGCCGCGCGCCUCACGGAUCUCGCUAUUGCCGACCACUGCUGAGGAGCCCCUGGCACGGGAAACCUGGGUGUGCCAGGCCCUCAGCUCCGGCCGGGCGGCCCACAGGGCGCCUCGCCCAGACGGGCGUUCCAUGAAGCUUAACACUCAAGCUUGAGGAGGACGAGAGCCCGGCUUCAGGAGCAGUGGAGAAUAUUAAUAGAGGGCUGCCAGGAAGGUCGCUCACUCUUGUGGACUUUAAGGUUCAGGCACGGCAGUCCUCCAUGGCUCCUUACCACAUCCGCAAAUACCAGGAGAGUGACCGCACACAGGUCCUGGACUUGUUCUUCCAUGCACUGGAUGAGUAUGGCCCUGCCUCCUUCCGCCACAUCCUGAAGCUGCCCCGAACCUUGAUGCUCUUGCUUGGGGUGUCCCUCGGCCUCCUCCUGGUCUCUGGCUCCUGGCUGCUGGCCCUCAUAGCCAGCCCCACCCUCCUCACUGCUCUGAGAUUCCUCUGCAAAUACCCCUGGACCAAGUUUACAGCCGACUGUUUGCGCACAGACAUGUCCAACAUCACCAAGUCCUACUUGAGUGAGCCCGGCUCCUGCUUCUGGGUGGCUGAGGCUGAGGGGCAGGUGGUGGGCAUCGUCGGGGCGCUGCCUGUCAAGGAGCGCUCCCUGCACAAGGAGCAGUUGGAGCUGCUUCACCUGUGCGUGGCCUUGGAUCGCCGAGGUCAGGGGAUAGCGAAAGCCCUGGUCAGGACCGUCCUCCAGUUCGCGCGCAACCAGGGCUACAGCCAAGUCGUCCUCACCACCAGUAUGCUGCAGCACUCAGCCUUGGCCCUCUACCAGCGCAUGGGCUUCCAGAAGUUGCAUCAGUUCUCCCCCCUGUGCUGGAGGCUACUUGCUGUUCCUUUGGUUACGUUUGUCUACUGCCUGCCCUCUGCUCAGGCCUUUUGGGAACAUGAGUAGGAAGGUGGCUCACGAUCCUUUUCCUGGUGGCUUAGGAGAGGGCCGGCUCUACUGAGGUAGCAAGCAAACCCCAAAGUCUCAGUGUGAUGGCACAGUGAGAGCUUAUUGUUCCUUCCGUGGGAUCCAGGGGGAUGGUGGUGGGUGGCUCUGUUCCUUUCUGUCUUUUGGGGUGGCUGCUGUUUGAUUUAUCUAGCUCCACGGGAAGGCUGCAUUAAAACAAAUGAAUAAAACAAAUACA